GAAAAUUAUACUUUUCUCUUUUUUAAUUUACAAAUAUAAAUUAUUCCAUUUACAUUUACAACCAUUCGCCUAUUAUUUUAUUAUUACCCACUUUUCAUCAACUUGCCGUAUCAUCUAUCCAACUACAGAAUCAGCACCGAUUCAGCGAUUCGUCAUCUUUUUCUGUCGCCAUCUCUAUCUCUUCCCGCCUCCCAAUGCACCCCAUUUAUCCUAUAAGUUGGAGCUUUCCGUUAUUUGUAGUUGCUUCUAACUUUAGCCAUAACUCCCUCUUGCUUAUUUUGGUUACCUGGCAGUUAACGUAGUUUGGUUUGUGAAUCGAAUUCUUUUGGUGUUUUUGAUUUCGAGGUUCUUGGUUGAACAUCGCCUUGAGAUAACCCAUCUGGGGUUUCUGAUUUUAUUGUGUUUCAGAUAUUCGGUUUCUUUCAUAAUCCUUUUGUUAUAAUUAUUUUCUUCCUUCGAAUUUGGUUUCUCGGAGUAUUUUCAUCUUUUUUUGUAAUUUUUUUAUUUCUGAAAAAAACUAAUCUGUCGGUGUUUGGAAUUUAGGAUCCUUUCGGUGGGUUUCAGGUCAAAUUCUAAACUGGAUCAAGAUCUUUGCAUCUUUUACUGUUUCCAUCUAUUGAUAAUUGCUGUUGAUCAAUUUAGGAGUUUGCUAGAAAAGCUUAGUUUCCCUUUGAUUCUUCGAUAAAUUCAACAGUUUGCUGUAAAUAUUAUAAUUGGUGUAAUAAUUUUACAUUGAUUGAGAAUUUCCUGUUGGAUUUGUCAUUUCAUUAGCCAUGGAGCCUUGAUAAGUUCCAGCAUCUUUAUACAAGUCUGAAACUAUCCCAACAUAGGGAUUUUGUUUAGACAAAGAUAUGGAUAUUAGUAAUGAGGCUAGUGUUGAGCGUUUCUCAAUUGGACCAUCAUCCAUAGUUGGUAGGACAAUUGCUUUCAGAGUCUUAUUCUGCAAGUCAAUUUCACAAUUGAGGCAUCAUAUCUUUCAUGUCUUGUUGGACUAUAUAUUUAGAUUUAGGGACUUCUUGGGACCUAUGAUAUCAUGGCUGCAUCCCCGGAAUCCACAAGGGAUAUUAGCUAUGGUAACAAUAAUUGCUUUUUUGUUGAAACGGUAUACGAAUGUGAAAUUGAGGGCUGAAAUGGCAUAUCGGAGAAAUUUUUGGAGGAACAUGAUGAGAACGGCUUUGACAUAUGAGGAAUGGGCUCAUGCUGCUAAGAUGCUUGAUAAGGAGACCCCAAAGAUGAAUGAAGCAGAUCUUUAUGAUGAAGAAUUGGUACGCAAUAAGCUUCAAGAGCUCCGCCACCGUCGUCAAGAAGGUUCUCUUAGAGAUAUAAUCUUUUUCAUGAGAGCUGAUCUCAUCAGAAAUCUGGGAAAUAUGUGCAAUCCUGAACUUCACAAGGGUCGGCUUCAAGUGCCUAAACUUAUAAAGGAAUAUAUAGAUGAGGUCUCAACUCAACUUAGGAUGGUCUGUGACUCGGAUUCAGAGGAGCUUUCUAUGGAGGAGAAACUUGCUUUUAUGCAUGAAACAAGACAUGCCUUUGGGAGAACAGCAUUGCUGUUGAGUGGGGGUGCUUCCCUUGGAGCGUUUCAUGUGGGUGUCGUUAAAACACUGGUGGAGCAUAAGCUUUUGCCCCGUAUUAUUGCUGGUACUAGUGUGGGAUCAAUUAUGUGUUCUGUUGUUGCCACAAGAUCAUGGCCUGAGCUGCAAAGCUUUUUUGAAGAUUCUUGGCACUCAUUGCAGUUUUUUGAUCAGUUGGGUGGAAUUUUUACGGUUGUGAGGAGGGUCAUGACACUAGGUGCUGUUCAUGACAUCAGGCAACUGCAAUGGAUGCUAAGGAAUCUUACCAGUAAUCUUACUUUUCAAGAAGCAUAUGACAUGACAGGUCGAAUUCUUGGAAUAACGGUCUGUUCCCCCAGGAAGCACGAGCCACCUAGGUGCCUUAACUACUUGACUUCACCUCAUGUUGUUAUAUGGAGUGCUGUGACUGCUUCUUGUGCCUUUCCUGGCCUUUUUGAGGCCCAGGAAUUAAUGGCUAAAGAUAGAAGUGGAGAUAUUGUUCCAUAUCAUCCACCUUUUAAUUUGGAUCCUGAGGAAGGCACACAAGUGCGUAGGUGGAGGGAUGGAAGCUUAGAGAUUGAUUUACCAAUGAUCCAACUAAAGGAGCUCUUUAACGUCAACCAUUUUAUUGUGAGUCAGGCAAAUCCUCAUAUCGCACCAUUAUUGCGGAUGAAGGACUUGGUAAGAGCUUAUGGAGGUAGCUUUGCAGCAAAGCUUGCUCAUCUUACUGAGAUGGAGGUAAAACAUAGAUGCAAUCAGGUAUUGGAACUUGGUUUUCCGCUUGGGGGAGUUGCCAAGCUUUUUGCUCAAGACUGGGAGGGCGAUGUUACUGUUGUUAUGCCUGCCACACUUGCUCAGUACUCAAAAAUAAUACAAAAUCCAACCCAUGUGGAGCUUCAAAAGGCAUCCAACCAAGGGAGAAGAUGCACUUGGGAGAAGCUUUCAGCAAUAAAAGCAAAUUGUGGCAUUGAGCUUGCUCUUGAUGAGUGUGUUGCAAUUCUAAACCACAUGCGUAGACUCAAAAGGAGUGCUGAGCGAGCUGCUGCUGCUUCCCAUACCCUUCCCAUUGCUAAAAAAUUUAGUGCUUCAAGAAGAAUUCCUUCCUGGAACUGCAUUGCACGAGAGAAUUCCACUGGCUCCCUUGAAGAAGACCUUUUAGAUGCUGCUGCCUCAUUCCAUCAAGGAGUUGGUAGCUCUUCAGGAGCACCGUCUCCUGGUAGGAGUUUUCGGGCUUACCAUAAUUCCCAUGAUGGAAGUGAUAGUGAAUCUGAAAGUGCAGACCUACAUUCUUGGACAAGAUCUGGUGGGCCCUUGAUGAGGACAACUUCUGCAAAUAAGUUCAUUGACUUUGUCCAAAACUUGGAUGUUCAAACUGAACUAGGCAAAGGUUCGAUCACUCAUCCUAGUUCUCAUGCAUUUCAAAUGGGCGGCAUGGAUCUAUUUAAUUGUAGCCCAAGGACAACUCCUGAUAGAGUGUCAGAAUACAAGUUUGAUCCGAGGGAACUUGGCAAUAGACAGUCUGUUGGUAGUUCUAGCAUCAUGGUUGUUGAAGGUGAUCUUUUGCAGCCUGAGAGGAUACAUAAUGGAAUUGUGUUUAACAUUGUAAAGAAAGAAGAAUUAGGGCAAUCAAAUAGGGAUCAGGAUUUGGAAAAUUAUGACAGUGAAGUUGCUGAAGUGCAGAUUGAUUGUCCAGUGAAAGAGAUAGAUGGUAGCUCUGAAUCUGAGAAUGGUGAUGAUGUUGUAAAUGAAGCCAAUGGCCUAAAUGAUGCUUCUAACUAUCCUUUGAAUCAUUCUGAGAUACCCAGUAAUAAUAAUCAGAGUGUUGUGGAUGGUUAACUUGAGGCGACAAAUCCUUUUGAGUAGAUAUGCAUAUCAAUGUCAACCUGAGGAGGUCAUACAGGUUGCAGGCAGAGAAAUUUAUGCAUUAAAUUAAAUUUUCUUCAGAAUUGACACUGGUUGUUGUGAGGUGGUGGAGGAAAAUACAAUGGCCUACUUUUGUAGAUUAAUGUUGCAGGGGCAUUAUACUUGUAGUCUCAGAAAUCUUCUCUCUCAUUGUAGUAUCCGCAUGCAUGUGGGUGGGUCUUGUGCGUAUGUUGGGAUGGUGCAGUCAUGGUGAGUACAUAUUUUAUGUUUUAUGACAAGUUAUAUGAAUUCAAGUUGUACUAAUGGUCAUCGUUAACAGAUUAUAUAUAGCAGGCACCAGCUGAAACAGUAGUGAUCUGAAAGAAAUUAAUAUAGUUUCUUUAACCUCUCUUAAA